UACGUCAGUCCACACUCUGAGUACUCAGACCUCGAAGCCUCUGCGGGUUCACAGCUGCGAACUGCUCCUCCGCCUUGCUCAGUCUACCGAUGGUCCGGCUGGGUGGCGGACGGUGGAUGCCGUCCUCUGCGGUAUUCUUGAAAGCGCGAUUAGCUCUCGUCUUCCCCCCGAUCCCCAGCGCGGCCAUUGCUUCGCAUUGCAAGCGGUAUCGGCAACGUUCACUGCGGCCUCUUCAAUCCCGCCGCAUAGAACGCAGAUCGCGGUGGCACUAUUGCCGCACUAAACAUACGUUGAGGAGUAGCUAGGAAUUGAACUGGGCGGUUUACAGUCGUCGACGGAGGGUGUAUUCGGAAUAACUAU